UGUGUAGGCUGCUAGAGCUGUCUGAGCAGAGGGUGUGUAUUUUGGAGGGAGGGCUUACAGGCGUCUGUACAACUCCCGGCAGCAAGUUCUUCUCUUUCCAACCUGCACAGUUGUCUCUACACUUUGAGUUACCCAUGGCAGAUGGGCAUUUGUAUGAUUUGCAUGUAUCAAGUAAAGAAGAAACCUGGGAACAGCAACGAUGGAAAAAUGUGGACUGCGGGGGUGAACUGAACCAGGAUUGUCAGGCAGAACCGGAACAAGAUAAUCAAGAACAAUCAUCCCAUUUUGAUGUAUCUGUGUGGAAUUCUACCAGUGUGAGAAAUGGAAGAAAGGCCGAGCUGUUCCCAGAAUGGCAUUUACCUUUAACGGUAGCAUCGGUUCUGGCACUCAUCGUGUUUGUUUAUACUGUGGCCAGAGAAGUGCUGCAGCCGUUCUUUAUGAACAAUAAGAAUGAAUUCUAUAGAAUUCCAGUUCUUGUGGUCAACAAAGUUUUGCCUGUGAUCUCCAUCAUCCUUUUGUCCCUGGCGUACAUGCCUGGAAUCUUUGCUGCAUUUUUCCAGCUUUACAGAGGCACAAAAUACCAAAGGUUCCCAGCUUGGCUGAACACUUGGAUGCUUAGACGGAAGCAGUUUGGACUUCUGUGUUUUUUCUUUGCAGUAAUGCAUGCUCUCUUCAGUUUGUCCUACCCAAUGAGAAGGUCCUACAGAUACAAACUUCUGAACUGGGCUUAUCAACAGGUGAAACAGCAAAAGGAAAAUGCUUGGGUUGAGCACGAUGUUUGGAGAAUGGAAAUCUACGUGUGCCUUGGAAUUCUUGCCCUUGCUAUACUGAGCAUAUUGGCAAUAGCAUCAAUUCCCUCUGUAAGCAACUUGCUGUCUUGGCGUGAGUUCCAGUUUAUUCAGAGCAAGCUGGGCUACACUGCACUCCUUCUUUCCACUCUGCAUGCGCUGGUGUUUGCCUGGAACAAAUGGGUCGAUGUAAAUCAAUUUAUAUGGAACACACCUCCGACUUUCAUGAUAUCGGUUUUACUUCCCAUUAUUGUUCUGCUUUGCAAAGCCAUUCUGCUCCUACCCUGCCUGGACAAGAGAAUACAGAAUAUCAGAUCAGGGUGUGAACCCACCAAAGGGACUCAGAACAAAUGUGUGCACUUGUAGGACUUAAUCCGAAUGCAAUCUUCUACUGUAAUUGUACGUCAUUUUUUUUUUUAUAUGGUGUUAAAUCCACUCAUUUAUUGAAAUCAUGGGUGAUGUUGUUUAUAGGGCAUCUGGCCCUGGCUUUGCAGAUGUUAUUGUUUUUGCAAAAGUUAUCCUGCUUCCUAGAACUUUUGAAAUGGGCAACAUACCCCUUUUUCAACAUUGGUUUAAUGAAUAUGGCUUGUGCUAAAAAUUCUUUAUAUCUAUUGUUUUCAAUGAGGAAUAUGAAUGUUUUUUGUUAUUUCUUGCACCAUCCAGGGCAAAACCUGAAACUACAAGUAAAGUUCAUACUAUUUUAUGUUCUUCCAAGCACAAUCAUAAAUCAACAAUCCACCAAGAAGCCUAUUAGGCUUUUAGAUAAGGAGAAGCUCAAUUUAAAGAGGGCUUCUCUGUGAACUGAUUUUGACACCAGUAGUGUUUAUUAGCUACAGUGUCGGAGUAGGGUCCAUUGGGGCUGCCGCCCCAGGGGAAAUACACAUACCCUUGCAUAUUUCAUGGCUUUUCUGUGUAAUGUUAAGCUCAGAGAUGUAGUACAAGUUUACAUGUAGAACAGCCCUAUCCUAGUCCUACUCAUACUUUUCAAGAUCUCAGAGACUUAUUAACACUCUGGGAACAAGCUCAAGAGAACUAAGGAGUGCAAAAGAUGGCCCCAUAGUGCUCAUUUAAAAGCACUUGUAUCCAUGAUCUGGCUCUGCACCUUGAGCUGGAUAAAAAAAUCUGGUAAAACAAGCCAAGCUUGGCUCAGGCAUUCUCAGUGAAAUCCUGUACUUACCGCUUGUGCCAUUCAGCACUCCUAAGUUAGGGGACGGGUAAAGUGUUGAACACCUAUGUGCCUCCCACCAUGUUUGAAUAAAUAGCUGCCAAAUGCUGCUUUCAUUGGGUGAACAAAGAUCUCUGUGCUCCAUUCUGGAAAGCAGAGACUUACUCCCUACAUUCAGGGAGUAAGGUGUAAAUAAAUGACAUUUAUUUUUUUCUUUUUGUAACCUGCAAUGCGUGUAGAGUACUGACAACAGAAGAGAACUGGCUCAAUAGAGCAGCAAAAAGGUGACCAGGGACAUAACACUGGUAGGGAUUGGGAUUGCAUGGGAUUUUGUCCCAGAGAAACAAUUCAUUUUGUCCCAUUCAGCACUUUAUAAAUCUGACACACUGUCAGUUGUGAUCGUGUAUAAAAAGUGUAUUUUGUCAUACAAGCUAUAAAUAAAAUCACAGAACAUUAAGUUAAAUAAAUUCUACUUUACUAAAAUGAUUGUUUUUUUUGUAGUCAUCUGCCAAUUUCUAGCACUUUUUCAAGAUUUGGCAGAAUCCCAAGAGUUCAGCUAAAUGAAGUGGCAGACCAGCGCUACUACGCAGAGGUGGAAAGAGCCGCUUUUGGACACCAGUAUCUUCAAUUUGCGGAACAACUGGGUCCAUUGUUGCAGUCUUAAAUCAGCCCUAUGAGUCUAAAAAAAAAAAAAAGCAGCAAAUUUUAUUUGGUAUUUCUCCCAGGAAACUAAAAUCUCAAAUAGUUGUGGCUGUGCACCACCUAUAAUGGGAAUUCAAAUAAGGAUGAUCCUAAAGUAGGUCUUUUGCACCCAUCUGAUCAGGCCCGGACUGGCAAUCUGUGGGUUCUGGCAAAUGCCAGAGGGGCUGCUGUAGGGCUCCAUAAAAAGUUACCAUAUAGUAGGCUGGUAGGAGGCUGUUUGGGCUUCUCUGUACUUGGAAUGACAGGGCCUAUAUUGACUCCCAGGCCUGCAUCUGAUGUGAGAAUAUAGCUCAGGUAUUGUUGUUGGUGUGUUCAGCUUAUCCGUGUUUCUACUGUUUCAAAACUGUAACUAUUUGCAGGUUUCCAGUGUGUAAUCUGAUCAGAAAACAAAUCCAUGUAUGGUGCUGCCAUUAAUGCUUAGCUCUUUUCUUUCCUGUUUAGUCUGAGAAUGAGCUGAGUCACUGGCUAAAAGGUAACCUUGUUAUGUUCUCAGAAGUUACAAAACCAGUGAAACUUUAAUUAGCCUUCUUUCAAACUAUUUAGUACUGUCAGUAGUUAGUAUUAGACUUCAGUACACUUAUAGAUAAUUAUAUCUCGCUAUUUUCGGGUAACUUUUAAUAAACCCAAGAACCUCAAAGAUUUUUUUUAAGAAUAGUAUAAAGGUAUAGAAUUCUUCUAUGUGAGGUUCUUUCAGCCAGCAUCUUGCUUUGCCCCUUUAUAGGACCAUAUUUAUAUAACUAUAAUAUGUGACUAUACUACCAUCUACUGGUCCUAGUUACUGCUACGAAGAUUUAAAGAAAUGUGUCUUUGUCGGCUACAUUAUUAAUCACCUUCAAGCUGGCGGUAUCUCCAGGGUUCCCACAACAACCAGCAUCAAUAUGGGUAGUGGAUUUGAGUCUAAAAAAAAUAAAAGGCACAGACAUAUUUUUAACAUCUAGCGCAAUAAACAAUGUCAUCCUGAUGAAAAUUUUAAUC